ACAGUAUAACACUAGCCGGCGAUACGUUGAGUUUGUAACUGAUCAAUAUGGUCAAUCAGGAAUUGCUCUUAAAUUGCGACGCUCGCUUUAGACGUUAUGGUACCACCGACAAAAUGAUAGAACACAAGCCCACAGAUUAUUUCGGUUCACGCCACAAGUUCGCCUUUAUGGCUUUUCUCGGUUUGGCUGCCGUGUACAUGGCGCGUGUUAAUCUCUCGGUUACCAUCGUUGACAUGGUAAGAAUGCCAUCGUCUUCAGCAACAAUAGUCAAUACAACGAAACGCAAUCCGACAUCUACUGUGUGUCCAAUAAGAAAUGCCGCAACAACUUUUACGAAUGACGGUGAGUUCGAUUGGGAUAUCGAGACUCAAGGAUUCGUUCUCGGUUCCUUCUUCUGGGGUUAUACUAUAACGCAGAUACCUGGCGGAUUGCUAGCUAGAAAAUUUGGUGGCAAAUACGUUUUGGGUAUCGGAAUUUUCCUUACGGGGCUUUUGAGUCUCGCCACUCCAUUGGCUGCUCGUUCUAGCACAACCACAUUGAUUACAGUUCGCAUAUUGACAGGGCUCGCAGAGGGUGUAACUCUACCCGCUGUGCAUCACAUGCUUUCCGCAUGGGUACCUACCCAGGAACGAUCUACCAUUGGUGCUUUUGUCUUGGCCGGCAUGCAAUUCGGAACUGUAGUGGCCUUACCUUUAUCCGGCUUCCUAUGUGAUGUCAACUUAGACGGUGGCUGGCCAUUAGCUUUUUAUGUUCCCGGUUUCCUGGCCGUCAUCUGGUUCCUGGGCUGGUGGUGGGCGGUUUCAGACAGCCCGGAAAAUGAUCCCCACAUCUCCGAGGACGAGAGAAAGUUCAUCCAAAUUUCAAUCGGUAAUCUGCAGAGAGAUUCAACUAUACAAACUCCUUGGCUGGCCAUGGCCACCUCGGUUCACGUAUGGGCCAUUCUCAUCGCUCAUAUUGGGAAAUCUUGGGGAUUUUCUAUUCUUCUAACAGAACUACCAACUUAUUUGAACACUGUCCUUCACUUUAACAUGAAAGCAAACUGUUUGCUUUCGGCAAUGCCUUACAUGGCUAUGUGGCUGUGUUCCAUCCUUUUCAGCUGUGCUGCAGAUGAACUUCGACGCAAACAUAUCUUGAGCACAACGCAAACUAGGAAGCUUUUUAACACUAUCGGAUUCAUAGCGCCAGCUUUCGCAUUUGUGGGUGCAUCGUUCACUGGAUGUGAUCAAGCAGCUACAGUUACAUUGAUUAUUUUAGCUACAGCAUUCAUUGGGGCAGUUUAUUCGGGAUUCGAGGUUAACCAUAUCGACAUUGCCCCAGAACACGCUGGAGUACUUAUGGGGAUAACAAAUUGUCUGGCAAGCACCUGCGGAUUCAUAGCUCCUUACGUCAUCAGCCAGAUCGUCACCACACAGGGAUCAGUAGAUCAAUGGCGAAUAGUAUUCCUUCUUUCGGUUGUGGUUUACGUUGCGACAAAUUCUUUUUACGUUGUUUUUGCAACGGGAGAAGAGCAACAAUGGAAUAGAGCGAAAAGAUCGGAAAGCAGUUAGUAGCUGGGCAAUUUAGACAUGUAUACGUACCACCAAAUAGCUGCAAUCACCACAAUAUCGUCUAACCGCCAACU